ACAUGAGUGUUUCAGUAUAAAAAACUGAAUAUCACUGUCAGAAGUUCUUCAUGGAAAGAAACUAUUAAAGAAAUGGAGCAAACUCUAUAUUUCAUUCUUCUUCUCAUUGCUCUCUGCUCCGUAUCUGAAUGUGUUCAGCGUCAGUAUUACUAUAUAAGCCAGUCGAAGAACUGGACUGACGCUCAGAGAUACUGCAGAGAGAAAUACACAGAUCUGGCCACCGCUGACAACAUGAAUGACAUGGAAGAGGUGAAGAAGAGUGUGAAUGGUGUUCAGCAUUUCUGGAUUGGACUGCAGAAGACGAGUGUUUAUAAAUGGCAGUGGUCUUCAGGUGAACCUGCGCUCUAUCUGAACUGGGGACCUCAACAACCUGAUGGUGGAGAUGAGUGUGGCUUGAUGCUGAAUGGACAAUUUCAUGAUUAUUCAUGCAGUAAUGCAAUACCUUUCAUCUGCAACAACAUGAGCACAGGACUCGUCUUUGUCAAUCAGACGAAGAAUUGGAGAGACGCUCAGAGUUACUGCAGACAGAAUCACAUUGAUCUGGUCAGUGUGAGGAACCAGAAUGAGAAUCAACAGCUUCAGCAGUUCAUUAGUGAUCGUCAGUUAUCUGGAUCAUUGAUCUGGAUCGGUCUGUUCACAGACCCAUGGCAGUGGUCAGAUCAGAGUAACUCCACAUUCAGAUACUGGAGGCCUAGUGAACCUAAUAAUGUUGGAGGUGUUGAAAACUGUGUAGAGAUCAUGAACACUCAGGGACUUUGGAAUGAUGCCCCUUGCAACUUAGAAUUUCCUUUUGUGUGUCAUGAAGAAAAACUGAUUCUGAUCAAAGAGAAUCUGACGUGGUCUGAAGCUCUGAGAUACUGCAGACAGAAUCAUGUGGAUCUGGUCUCGGUUCAUUCAGAAGAGAUUCAGCGUCGUGUGAUGAAUGUGGUUAAACAGGCGUCUACUGAGGCGGUGUGGUUGGGUUUACGUCAAUCCCGCAUUUUGUGCAUCUGGUACUGGGUGCGUGGAGAGACUGUGUGUCAUCAGAAGAACGACGAUUCAGAUAACUGUGAGUCUGCAGCGACAUCUGGAGCAGUUCAGUGUGGAGGAGAUCAGCGCUGGAUCAGCUUUCCUGAGACUGAGAAGCUCAACUUCAUCUGCAGCAAUUAUGAGUGAAAGGAUAGACACAUCUUUCAUAUAAGAUAAUAAAAUGCUUGUGUUCAGUUCCUUUAACUUUCACUUGGUUUGUAAAGCAAUAAUUUUCACAUGUUAAUUUCAACCUCGUCAGGCAGUUUUAUCUGAAGCUAGUGAUGGGCGCUUUUGAAACAGCUUGUGAAGCUUUUAAACAUUUGGAAAUCUUGUAUUGAACCAGUGAUUUGGAGUGUGUAUCAAACUGCCAAAAAAAUGUGAUUUCGUUAAACUAGGCUUUAUCAUGUCAUAUCUGUCUUGAAACAUUUCAACAAAAUUUUAAUGGUUCACCACUAUCUCUGUGCAUGAACCAUGCACAUGUGUGUAGCACAACGUCAUGCUUACCUGGACUCCUUACCCGCUACUUACCUGUGUUCUCCUGGUUCUAUGUCCUGUUCUCCAGCUGAUCCUGUAAAGACAAUCCCUUGUUCACUCUCCAGCUAAGUGACAGUUUCCAUGUGCUGGCAUAUCUACUCAACUGCUUCACCUGUCUGCCAGUUUCCGUGCCUCUGUUUAUAAUAAAGAGCUUGUUUAUCACUUA